AUGAGACUGAAGGAUCAAAGCGGUCUCGCACAGGCCGAUCUAGUUCUUGAAGCCACACUAGAUGAGGUAUUCAAGAUACACGACAUGGCCGCUGAUAAGACACAGUUUCAAGACCUAGUUUCCGCGACGAAGCUUGCGUAUGACAAACUGGUUAUUGAACGGGAUAGACUAGAACAACAAAAGAAAUCAAUUAACCCAGUGAAAUUAUUCUCAGCAUAUCGUUCGACUCGGUUGCUCGUGGAAGCAGGGAAAAAGUUGUAUACGAAUACCAGGACCACAUCGGAGAGGAUGCGAAGGCAAUUACUUUCUGUUGCCUCAACAAAUGUCGAGCGCGUAGAAUGUCUGCAAAUUAUCUCUCUUUCUGCUGGAUCAUCCGAGCUCAAUGUUUACCCAGAUGAUGACCUGUCAUCCGAUGCUCGCAUUAGCGGAAUUGCUGUCCCACUGGAUGAGCCACUGGAUGAGCCUACAGCCUCGCAUUUUACCGCAGCUGUGGAUUUCAUCACAUCCCAAGUGGACCUGCUCUGCGGGGGAAAUCCAUUUACGGAUGAUUUUCAAGUAGAAGAUUACGGAGUUAGUGCUGGAACUGAACCCAGUUCUACUGCAGACUCGGCAACCAGCGAUGAUGGAGUUGCGUCACCAAGUGGUUCUCGUCCUUCUGAAGCAUUCCCGUCAGAAUCUGGUAACAACUAUUUUAUUUUCAAUAAUAGUUAUGUUGCCUCGAGAUCUGUCAUGAACACACCAACUUUGAACUAUGAUAGGUCGCAUAGCCAAGGGUCGUCGUCUGCUCGCCGCUAA